AUAUAUGUUAUUUUGGAAAGGGCAAGAGGAUACAAGAGACGACCAUCGUUGGUAAUCGCAAUACCCUGGAAACCCGAAUUCACUGUUCACAGUGUUGGAUUUUCUGUUGUUUGUUUUGUUGCUAAUGCUUUCAUCUCCUUUCCCUUCUCUUCCUUUGACUUAACGUCGAAACCAAACCCCUAUUUGGGGCUGUGUUCCAAUUUCCUUACCUUCAACACUUCAACUCAAAACCCUAACUCAACCUUCGAUUCUUUGUUCAUUAACUUAGUCACUACUAUUGCAACCUAUUCAAUUGUCAGAAUCAGACAUGUCGGAGAAAUUCUCGCCAGCGCUUCGAAUUGGAGAUCUCAACGAUUUCAUCGCGCCAUCGCAGGCAUGCAUAGUUUCCCUGAAAGGAUUUAAAAAGCCCGAUAAACCUGAGGUGUCAGUUGCUAACAAGCAGGUGAAGUCUGAACCUGUUAAAAUUUCGCUUAAGGAUUGUUUGGCAUGCAGUGGAUGUGUCACAUCGGCGGAGACAGUUAUGUUGGAGAAACAAAGUUUGGAUGAGUUUCUGUUCAAUAUUAAUGCAGGAAAGGCCGUGAUUUUGUCUCUUUCUCCCCAGUCGAGGGCCUCUAUUGCUGCUCAUUUUGGCAUUUCUCCACUUCAGGCUUUCAAAAAGUUGACAAGGUUUUUUAAAUCCUUGGGAGUGAAGGCAAUAUUUGAUACAAGUUGCAGUAGAGAUUUGACCCUUGUCGAAUCUUGUGUGGAGUUCAUCACGAGGUAUAGACAGAAUCAAUUGGUUGAUGAUGAGAAGAGUAAAUCUAGCCUACCUAUGAUUGCAUCAGCAUGCCCAGGUUGGAUAUGCUAUGCAGAAAAACAACUUGGAUCCUUUGUUUUACCUUAUAUUUCGUCAGUAAAGUCUCCACAGCAAACAAUUGGAGCUAUCAUAAAGAAUUGUGUGUGCCAAGAAUUGGGACUCAGGCCAGAAGAAAUUUACCAUGUCACUGUGAUGCCUUGUUAUGAUAAAAAGCUUGAGGCUGCUAGGGAUGACUUUGUUUUCCAAUUUGAGUCCCAUAUAGAAGGGCAUGAAAGUGAAGUUAACAUGAUUUCAGAGGUAGAUUCAGUAUUGACCACUGGAGAGGUUUUGGAAUUGAUUCAGUCAAAAGAAAUUGAUUUUAAAACCCUAGAAGAGCCUCCUCUGGACAAACUGCUAACAAAUAUUAAUGAAGAAGGAAACCUUUAUGGUGUCCGUGGAAGCUCUGGAGGUUAUGCAGAAACAAUUUUUCGAUAUGCUGCUAAAACACUUUUUGGAAGACAGAUUGAUGACCCUUUGACCUUUAGAAACAUUAAGAAUUCAGAUUUUCAGGAAGUUACUCUGGAGGCGGAGGGAAAAACGGUGUUGAAAUUUGCUCUCUGUUAUGGUUUUCGGAACCUGCAAAACAUUGUACGAAAACUUAAAACUGGGAAAUGUGAUUAUCAUUUCCUAGAAAUAAUGGCAUGCCCUUCAGGUUGCUUAAAUGGGGGUGGUCAAAUUAAACCAAAUCCAGGGCAAUCUCCUAAAGAACUGAGUCAGCUGUUAGAGUCGAUUUAUAUGGAAAAUGUUUCGGUAGCAUCACCAUUCGAUAAUCCCAUUAUUGAAGGAUUAUAUGAUAAAUGGCUUGAGCAGCCUGGUUCUGAGAAAGCUAGAAGAUACAUGCAUACACAAUAUCAUCCUGUUGAGAAAAGCAUCACUUCUCAGUUGCAUAAUUGGUGAGGCGUUGAAACUGAACAAUUCAUACUGUUUCUUCUCAAGGUAAAUGUAUUAUUAGGAGGAAAAAGUACUUGGUCUCUAUGCCCUGGCUCCUUGUGGAUAUGUUGCAAUUUGGAGUCACCAAAUUUUGAUAGCGAACAAAAUUUUUGAUGUAUAUAGACCUUGAUCUGCAUCCAUUUAGGUAGAAGAAAGAAUCACACACACAUUUGUAAUUACCUUCUGGACCUGCGGCAGGACUUCUAUUGUUUUUAGGAUAUAGGUUCUCAAUAAAAUAUUCCUUCAUUACAUUUGUUAGUGUGAAUGAUUAGGUGAGAGAAUGAGAGCCCAAGUGCCGGUCGUUGGAGCACAAAUUGUAGCUUUACAUUUCUCAACUCUUGAACUCGAAUGAAGUAACAAAAUUUUCUCUGAUUUCCUGUUUGAUGUAACAUAUUCUUGGAAUAUUUUUAUUGCCGUAAACAUAUUUCUUGCAUUUUACCAAAU